CGGGUGGAGACAGCACAGAAAAAGGCGAUGAGCAUGACGAACAAUUGAUCAAUGAUUUACAUCGAUCUCUCGUAAGCGAGAAUCCAUUACUGCAAUCAGGGCAUAUGACUGUCGUGCGGAGCUUGUAUCAUGGGACGAGUGGCAACGCAACUGAAGAUCUACUACAACUACAAGAAUCUUCUUCACUCCCAGAAGCUGCACCAGAAGAACUACAGGAGGGAGCAGAAGGAGCAGCAGAACGCGCCGACGAGGACGCUUUCGCGUGUCUAACCGAGUUUCCCUGGCCUCACAUCCUAGCUGUUGGUCAGAAUGGCGGUGACUGGCCAAAGUACGAGACGUGGGCUGAUGUCCAAGGUCGAGAGCCUUUCGCACCAGGAGAGCGCAAGCAGCAGUCAAUUUCUGCCUUUUUUCGUAACAACACCAUGGGCAUGCUCGGACUUCCCACAGUCGCGGAUCUGCAUCGAGGAUCGACGGUAAUGAACAACAAGAUGAAUAAAGAGUCUGAAGCACCACUA